ACAAAGGAUCAGUCUGUGGGUUGAGUCUAAAAGGACCGGGUUAAACCAGGAAGAGCACAGUUUGGUGCAAGAACAGCAGCAGCAGCAACCUACCAACCAUCAAAAUGACCUCCAGUGGAAUGAACACGAUGAGCAGGAUCAUCUUCUACGAGGACAGGAACUUCCAGGGUCGUUCUUAUGUGUGCAUGAGCGACUGCCCAGACAUGUCCUCCUACCUGAGCAGGUGCCACUCCUGCAGGGUGGAGAAAGGCUGCUUCAUGAUCUACGACCGCACCAACUACAUGGGCAACCAGUACUUCAUGAGGAGGGGCGAAUAUGCUGACUACAUGAGCAUGAUGGGCAUGAGCGACUGCAUCAGGUCCUGUCGUAUGAUCCCCAUGCACAGGGGAUCUUACAGAAUGAGGAUCUACGAGAGGGAGAACUUUGGAGGUCAGAUGUACGAGCUGAUGGAGGACUGUGAAAGCAUCAUGGACCGUUACCGCAUGUCCAACUGCAUGUCCUGCAAUGUGAUGGAUGGCCACUGGCUGAUGUACGAGCAGUCCCAUUACAGAGGCAGGAUGAUGUACAUGAGGCCUGGCGAGUACAGGGACUUCAUGAACAUGGGCAUGAGUGGCAUGAGGUUCAUGAGCAUGAGGCGCAUCACCGACUCCUGCUAUUAAACUCUCUGCACUAAAUAAAACUGUCAUAAUCUGA